AUGUCUAUUCCCCAGGGUAUUACUACUUCAAAGCCAAAUCAAGGUUAUGUGCAGUUAAAAUCAGAUCAUUCCUUAUUCACACUUUACAAAGAUUCUAGUUUCACUGCUCUUUUAGUCUAUGUGGAUGAUAUAAUUUUGGUUGGUGAUUCACUCGAUGAAUUUCCCCACAUUAAGAAGUUAUUGGAUGAUCUAUUCAAAAUUAAAGAUCUUGGCCAGUUGAAAUAUUUCCUUGGCAUUGAAGUAGCCCAUUCCAAUCGAUGGAUAACUCUUUGUCAACGCAAGUAUUGCCUUGACUUAUUACAAGACACUGGUUUACUUGGAGCUAAGCCUGCAAAGACACCUCUUGACCCUUCAGUCAAAUUACAUCAAGAUACCUCUCCACCAUUUGAAGACAUUGCUAGCUAUCGAAGAUCGGUAGAAAAAUUGUUGUAUCUCACCACCACUAGGCCAUAUAUUGCUUUUGUCACUCAACAACUUAGUCAAUUUCUGACUUCACCUACACAUGUUCAUUAUGAUACUGCUUGUCGAGUGGUUAAAUAUCUUAAAGGUUCCCCUGAUCGUGGUUUGUUCUUUAGCAGGACUUCAAAAUUGCAAUUGCUUGGUUUUAUUGAUGCUGAUUGGGCAGGUUGCCUUGAUACACAACGAUCUACUUCAGGGUAUUGUUUCUUCCUUGGCUCAUCCUUGAUUUCAUGGCGUGCCAAGAAACAACAUACUGUCGCUCGAAGUUCUUUUGAAGCAGAGUAUCGUGUCUUAUCCUUUGCUGCUUGUGAACUUCAAUGGCUUACUUAUUUGCUCGAAGAUUUGAGAGUGUUAUGCAUCAAGCCCCCUGUCUUGUAUUGUGACAACCAAAGCGCACUUCAUAUUGCUGUUAAUCUUGUCUUCCAUGAACGCACCAAGCAUCUCAAGAUCGACUGCCACUUUGUUCGAGAAAAGUUGCAAUAG